AUGUCUACUGAUGUGAGUGAUCGUAUUCUGACUGCUGCUCGUUGGUUGUACAAAGAAACCUAUGAUUUCGGCGACAUAGUUUAUAAAAGUGAGGGGAAUAGAGAUUACAUGGUAGCUUUAAUGGAAGUUGCUGGUACGGAUAGAGUUUUGAGUGAAGCUGAGCGUCAAUGGAUAGUCGGACUUGGUGCUGCUCUAGGAGUUCGGGAACGUGAAUAA